CACACACACACACGCACACACAAACAGUCAUACUGUCUGUUCCACUUGCUGUCUCCGAUAAUUAUUUUGACAUCUUUUUCUGUAAAAUGCAUAAGCGUUUUAUUCAAGUGUGUGGCUUCUUGAUAUCAACGCUGGGUUGGCUGUUUGUGCUGUGCACCAUGGCCAUGGACUUCUGGAGGAUCACUCAAAUAGGAGGCCAGGGGGGGUCGUUCAUCAUCAAGGUGGCCUGGUACUGGUCCAAUCUGUGGAAGGACUGCUUCACUGACUCCACUGCCGUCACCAACUGUAGAGACUUCCCCGUGCUAUGGAGCGUCAGCACGUAUGUGCAGGGCGUACGAGGCUUGCUGAUGUGCGGCCUGACGCUUGGCUUCUUCGCUGCAGUGCUGUGCUUCCUGGGCAUGGAGUGCACCUACAUUGGGGGGGAGCAGGCAAACAAGGACAAGAUGCUUUUGGCAGGAGCGGUCUUUCAUUUCGUAGGCGGUGAGCCCAACUUUAAGAAAGUCAGGUUUUGUUCCUGCUCCUGUUUUGCCCUCACGUUGCCGUUACCGUACAUGCACACAGGUAUGUCGGACAUUGCGGCCUACUGCUUAUACAUCAACAGGAUCGCCAGGACGUCCUUUGCUCCCAGCCUGGCACCUGGAAUCUUGCGGUACGACUUAGGACCGCCCAUAUUUCUCGGACUAGUUGGAAGUUUUUUCAUCCUUCUAGGAGCUGUCUUUUACGCCGUCACAGUCUACAGAGUCCUCAUACCCAAAAGUAGAGUGAUCUACGCCUACGGAGGAGGCACGUACGUGGACCCUCGAUCACGAGGACGAAGCUUUUACACAGGCUACUACAGACCCUCCAGGCUUUAUGGAUCGUACUAUACCACAGGGAGAUCCAGCAGCUCUAAGAUCUCCAAGCUUUCUGCAACAACACCUGAGAAGAUGUCUGGAAGAGAUGUAUUUGUCUAGUCUCUCCAUGUGCGUCUCCUCAGUGAACUCUAGUAUAGGGCCAUGCUGAAUUACAAAAGAAAAUACAAUUACAAGGAAAAAAAUAUCAUGACAAUAAAGUUGUAAUAUUAUUGUAUUGUAAUAAUAUUGUAUAUUAUAUUAUGCUUUCUCAGGAGCAGAGACUAAUACUGGAAUAUUGUUACUUUUUUCCCCCCCACAUUUCGACAAACAACCACUCACAUCAAUAAACCUAACAUGCAUAUUUGUGGAAAUGUGGGAAGAAACCAGUACCCGGAGAAAACCCAUGCACGGGAAUGGAGACUCCAACCCAGAUCCUCUCGACCUCCUGACUGUGUGGCCAACAUGAAGCGCAUGUACUGUACAGCAGUUCGUUAUUUCAGGCCUUGUCAGAAUGAUUGAACAUUGCAAAACACAUUGUUUACUUUUCAUUUGCCAGCAUAAUUUUAAAAACUCAUAUCUUUGAAAGAAAUAUCUGUCUAGGCAAUAAAAGAAGUCAAUGUAUCUUUGACAAGCGGUGCAAGUCUUUUUACUCCUUUUGUGCACUAUGAUCCUUUCCUGCAAAACACAUGCAGAUAUAGCAUGUGUAUACUAAGUCAUGGUGAGCGUACUCGCUAACUAUACUUGCAUAUUUACACUUUCAUAACAU